GAGAUGAUGAAUCCAGCCGCGAAUGACGGAAUGCGACAGGCCACAGUAGCAAUCUGACGUCGCAACUCCUUGACCGAACGACAUGCAGAUGAUUGACCGAUAGAAACCAACGUACCGUCAGUCCAACCAAACGGCCAAGAAGCCACCAUGAGCUACUACUUCGCCAUAAUCGGCACCCAAGACAACCCGCUGUUUGAGUACGAGUUCGGCACAAGCAAGCAAGGCGGCGAUGGGCAGGCCCGUUUCAGCGAGCAGGCGCGCCACCUCAACCAGUUCAUUCUGCACAGCAGCCUGGACAUUGUCGAGGAGGUGCAGUGGACAAAUGGACAGCUCUACCUCAAGGUGAUCGACAAGUUCUUCAACAACUGGGUAUCCUGCUUCCUGACGGGCGGAAAUGUCAAGUUUCUCUUGUUGCACCAGCCGCCAGCCCCCGUCGGCGGCGCUGGCAGCUCAACCCGCAACUCGACGUCGGUCGGCGCAAACCCAACCAGCCCACAGACGGAGGAAGCGAUCAAGAAUUUCUUUAACGAAGUCUACGAUAACUAUGUAAAGGCCAUUAUGAGCCCGUUUUACAAGGUCAACAUGGAGAUUCGGAGCCCCGUGUUUCGCGCGAGGGUUGCAGCGGCAGGGAGGAAAUAUUUAUAGCCGAUUAUGUUCUGUUCAAGAUCCCAGG